GUUGACAGAGCGACACAAUAAAAGUCCGUGAGAAACUCCCGGUGCAUUAUGGUCUGCUGGAGGACUCAGAGUUUCAGAUUGAGUGACCAUGGCCGCGGUGUGUUUCUCCUUGAGGCUUUGCAGUGCUUCUGUCGUCCGUCCCGCCGCCGCCUUCACGGCGGUGCGGUUCGCACAGACAGCGGCAGCACCUGCACCUGCUGCUCAGCCCAGAAUCAAGAAGUUUCAGGUCUACAGAUGGGAUCCAGACAGAGCCGGAGACAAACCUCGCAUGCAGACCUACGAGGUCGACCUCAACACGUGCGGGCCGAUGGUUUUAGAUGCUCUGAUCAAGAUCAAGAAUGAGGUUGACCCCACGCUGACCUUCAGACGCUCCUGCAGAGAAGGAAUCUGUGGAUCUUGCGCCAUGAAUAUUAACGGCGGAAACACUUUGGCGUGUCUGAACAAAAUUGAUGCCAACACCAGCAAGGCGACGAAGAUCUACCCGCUGCCCCACAUGUAUGUGGUGAAAGAUCUGGUGCCUGACAUGAGCAACUUCUACGCUCAGUAUAAAUCCAUCGAGCCGUACCUGAAGAAGAAGGACGAGUCUAAAGAGGGUCAGCAGCAGUACCUGCAGAGCAUGGAGGACAGACAGAAACUGGAUGGUCUGUACGAGUGUAUUCUGUGUGCCUGCUGCAGCACCAGCUGUCCCAGUUACUGGUGGAACGGAGACAAAUAUCUGGGCCCGGCUGUCCUCAUGCAGGCGUAUCGCUGGAUGAUCGACUCAAGGGACGAUUUCACCGAAGAGAGACUCUCCAAACUACAGGAUCCCUUCUCACUCUACCGCUGUCACACCAUCAUGAACUGCACCAAAACCUGCCCCAAGGGUUUGAAUCCAGGCAAAGCCAUCGCUCAGAUCAAGAAGAUGAUGGCCACAUACAAAGAGAAGACAACGGCGUCGGCAUAAAAUAUCACACACACACACACACACACACACACACACACAUACACAUACACACACGACAGAGAAACAUAAUCAUGCUGCAUUCAUCUGUUGUUGUUUAUUAAAUAACACGUGAUGUAUAACGUCAUGUUAGCGAGACCGAGCGUGUGUAAUAAGGACAUGUGUAUGUUCAACUUGUGUCUUUGGCGUUGUAUGUAAUAAACACAUGCUUGUACCGUGA